CCAACUCAAUGCAGUUCAAAGUUGAUGAUUCACGUACAAGCCGAGAUUGAGUGGCUCUACUCACUCACCCUUUUCAGUUGAGGAAAAUGUCAAAAAGUUUAAUUUCUGUGGCGUUUUUAAUAUUUCAAGCAUCUUUUUCGUUUGUUGCUAGCGAUGAAGUCAAGAAAAGCAGAUCAAGCGAAGCAGAAGAGCUUUUUCGCCACAGGAUUGAGGCGCCCAACAAAACAGACAUAUUUGCUAAACUCUUCAAAGGAUAUGACAAUAGAGUUAGGCCCAACUACAGAGAGAAACCAGUCCAAGUUUUACUCUAUGCUGUCAUUGACUCGUUUCACGAUAUCAGAGAAGAUCAAAUGGAAUACAAAGUUGAGUUAAUAUUAAAAGAAACGUGGAAGGACCCAAGACUUGCAUAUGGCAACGCAACGUGGUUCGUCCGACUUAAAAAUGAGUUAUUAAAGAAAAUUUGGUAUCCUGAUACAAUGAUUGAGAACGCCAGAAAACACGAUGUUGACGAUAAAACAAGGACAGCAUACCUGUUUGGUGAUGGGACGAUAUUUUUCUCGGAAUGGAUUAAGGCAACUUUAACAAGUCACAUGGAUUUUAAGAGCUACCCAAUGGAUGUUCAGACGUUGAGGGUACAGUUUGCUGCUUACAGUUACGAUGAUAGUCAAGUUCAGUAUGAAUGGAUAAAAGUAUCUCUGAAGGAACAUGACAUGACAGAGUUUUACGUGGAAAAACAAAUCCUCAGAUUGGAAUCAACGUCAUCUAUUACAGGAACACAUACAGCAGCUGUGGUCGAGUUUAAGAUAAAACGUCGCUUACAGCACUUCAUCGUUGGCUUUUACGUCCCUUGCAUCGCAUGCACAGUAGCCUCUUGGAUCCAGUUUUGGAUGGAUGAAAUGGCCGUCGGUGACAGAGCAAGUCUGGGAAUAACUUCAGUGUUGACGGAGAUCUUUCUACUGGAGUUUAGUAAUCAAGGGAUGCCUAAAGUCAGUUACAUGAAAGUUGCUGAGCUAUACCUUAUCGUGUCGUUUGUGUUCAUCUUCUUGGCCCUGAUUGAGUCUGCAGUGGUGUACAAGGUCAGUCAGUGGUCACUCCUAAAAAAGAACAGUGGAAAGAUGACGGAAAAAGAGGCUAGUAGAGAUAAGAGUCUUACUUCACAGACACCAACAGGAAAAGAAUUUUAUAAAGAAACCGAAACCCCCAAACCCGAAACACUGACGUCUUGUAGAUCACCAAUGAUGUUAAGAUACAGCGCUCUCAACUUUGAGCAAACAGUGAAUAAAUCAUCGGAGCACAUCCUUUCUGAAGAAGAGAGAUACGAAGGGACAGACUCCCCUAAAAUCUCGACGACUUCAGCGGGAACUGAAGCCAAGGAAAGCUGGGGCCAUGCGAUUGACCGGGGGGCGCGUGCCUUAUUUCCGCUCUCUUACCUCAUCUUCUCAGUCAUGUAUUUUGGUGUCAUGUUUACUUCUGAUGAGGGAUCCAAAUGACAUCUCCAUUCGUUUGACUUUCCAGUCACUCGAAUAGGAAAACAAUGGAAAACGACUAAUCAAGUGAAUCUUUAGAUUAUUUUAUAGCUAAAACUACUUCGAGCCAAUUCAGCCCUCUUAAAUUUCAAUCUUACCGGAUGUCAAAAGUUUCAGCUUACAUGUGUCAGUUAAGUAAGGUUGAAAGCAACACUACAAUUGUUAAUGAUUUUUAUUUGCCGUCACACCAAGAAUAUCAGAUAUUUUUAAAAUGAUGUUUUUGGAGGUUGUCUGACAAGAACUGAAGGUUUGAGUCAGGUGAAUUCCAGGAGAAAGUUGAAUAUUUGCUAUAGAUCUUUCGACCCUUUGACUAGCAUCUAAUUUCUCCUUACAAUAUCAACCUAGAAUCACACAAUAAGGUUACGAGAAUAGGAACAUGAUCACCACCUUGAGUAGUUAUCGAUUGUUUUAUAAAUUCUCCUUGUCAGCACCCUAGGGAUUGUAUAGAGAAAUGUAUGGAGAAUGCGCAUACUGAUGUAACGGUGUUAAAUUUAAUUCUCCUGAUGGUAAACAUUUGCCAUUUUAGUAAGCAUUGAUUUUAUUUUAAAAAAAUAA